AAAAGCAUUAUAAUUAGGGUCUCAAAACAUAUUUUAAUAUUGCAGACCAUGGCUCUAUCGAUGUGUUACAUAAAGACUGAGAAUAAUUCCUAGCCUGACAGAUGGAAGAGAUUGCAAUAGUAGGCAUAGCCUGCAGAUUUCCUGGCGCAGAUGACAUAGAUGAAUUCUGGAAAGUCCUUAAAAACGGAGAAGAUCAUGUACAAGACAUUCCAAAGGAAAGAUGGGAUAUCCAACAUAUUGAAAUUCCAGACGUGGAUGAUGAAUGGAAGGAUCAUGCUUCUAAAAGUGGCUUAAUAAAAGAUUAUGACAAAUGGGACAACAAGUUUUUUGGAAUCAGUGAUUCUGAAGCAGGAUGGAUGGACCCGCAGCAGUGUCUUGCCCUUGAAGUUGCUUAUUCAGCUUUAGAAGACGGAGGUUUCACUAGAGAACAAAUAAAGGGAACAACCACUGGCGUUUAUAUAGGGUGUAUGAAUAGAGAUAUAUCAUUAGGGCUUAACGAUGCACCGCACGAAUUCAACAAUUUUCUUGUAACUGGGACACAAACUAGCAUCAUUUCAAAUCGUCUGUCCUAUUUCUUCGACAUUAGGGGUCCUUCAAUGACAGUGGACACAGCAUGUUCUUCUGCAUUAGUAGCCAUUCAUCUCGGGUGUCAAGCUAUAAGAUCAGGAGAUUGUCCAAUGGCAAUUUGUGGUGGCGUUAACAGUGUAAUAACACCAAUAAAUUAUAUGGCAUUAAGUAAAGCAAGAAUGACUUCCAAAACGGGAAAAAGUCAUACAUUUUCAAAAGAUGCAGAUGGAUAUGCACGAGGUGAAGGAUGCGGAAUAGUAGUAUUGAAAUCCUUUAAACAGGCGAAGCAAGAUGGUGACAAGAUAUGGGGAGUUGUUAUGUCGGGAUGUAAUCAAGAUGGAAAAGAAAAUGUGCCAAUCACAGCUCCAUCAGGAAAUCAACAGAAAUAUUUGUUGCAAAAAAUAUAUUCUAAUUACAAUAUUUCUCCAUCAGACAUUCAGUACAUUGAGACACAUGGAACAGGAACUCCUAUUGGGGAUCCAACCGAGACCAAUGCCUUAGCAGAAUUUUUUGCGCCUUAUAUGCCAAAAGAUAGAAAAAUUCCAAUCGGUUCCGUGAAGACAAAUAUUGGUCAUUUAGAAUCAUCUGCUGGAACAGCAGGUUUGAUCAAAGUUCUGCUUAUGAUGAAAAAUCAUCAAAUUGUUCCAUCACUUCACUACUCACCGGAUAAUGGUAAUCCUAAAAUUAAUUUUGAUGAAAUUCCACUAGAGGUUUCUACAAGUUUGAGGACAUGGGAGGCACAUAAAAAUGAAUCAAAAUUGUCAUGCGUAAAUUCUUUCGGGUUCGGAGGAACAAACAGUCAUGCGAUAGUAAAGCAGCUCCCCAUGACAAAACGUGCUGUCGACCAAACCAAAAAAGCGUCUCAGAUACAUUUCAUUGUAGCUUUUUCUUCAGUAUCAAAGGAUGCCUUGAUGAAUACAAUUAAACAUUUUGUUGAGAAAAUUAAGUCGGAAAGCUACGAAAUAGAAGAUUUAUCUUAUACAUCCCUUCUGAAAAGAAGUCAUUACAGAAACAGACAUGCAGUAGUCGCAAACAGUUUAAAUGACCUGACUGAACAGUUAAUGUCCUUUAGUAUCACAGAAGAUGAAAACACACUAAAGACAAAGUCAGCUCAAAUAGUCUUUCUUUUUUGCGGCGUUGGCACAGUUUGGGUAGGAAUGUGUCAAGGUUUUCUUUCUUCUAAUAAGGUUUUCAAACAAACGGUUAUGGAAAUAGACAAAGAACUUAAGAAGUACACAAAAGUGAGUAUACUUGAAACAUUGCAAAAUCAGUCAAAAGACUUUUUAAAAGACCCCUUUCUCGGACCGUUGGCAAUAUUUGCAUGUCAAGUUGGACUUUUCAGUUUGUGGAGUGAUAUUGGAGUUUCUCCUGAUCUGAUCAUAGGACAAUCAGUGGGUGAAGUGGCUGCUGCAUAUGCAGCUGGAUGCCUUACUCUACCAGAAUCUGUUCAAGUAUCAUAUCACAGAUCUUUCCUUUCAUCAAAAGCUGCAGGUGGUAAAAUGAUUGUUGUGGGUCACUGCAACACUGAACAAAUGGAAAAGAUAUGCAAAAGUUAUGAAAACAAAUUAGGCAUUGCUGUUUAUAGUAGUCAUGAAAUGUGUGUAGUAUCUGGAGACGCAGAUGCAAUAAAUCAUUUAAAAGAAACAAUUUUAUCAAAGGACGAGUUUCGGUCAGUUUUAUCGAAAGAAUUAGACGUUACAUGUGCCUAUCAUAGUUAUCAUAUGACUGGAGCUAGUAAACAGCUUGAACUUGAACUCAAAAAUUUGAAAGGCAGAGAUCCAAAGAUUCCAAUUAUAUCUACACUUUCAGGUAAACAUGUCAAUGGACCUGAAAUGGGAACAGCAGAAUAUUGGUCUUCAAACCUACUUAAACCUGUUUUGCUUAGAGAAGCUGUUGCUGCAGCCAUACACCCUAACAAAAAUAAUAUUUUUGUUGAGAUAGGACCAAAGCCAGUUCUACGUGCACAUCUGAAGAAAAUAACAAAUGAUGAAGCGAUGACUACAUGUAUAACAUCUUGUAAUAAUCCAGACGAACAUAGGACGUUUACAAAAGCAAUUGCUGAACUAUAUAUGCAUAAUGUUCCUGUAAAACUGGAUAAAUUAAUCAAAAAUAUAACAUCUGUAACAGAUAUACCUAGAUACAAAUUUAACAGAUCUGGUAAAUUGUUGAUGUCAAAUGCUGUAAGAGCUACCCUUCAGCUUAAAACUACAAAGAGUGAUACACAUCCCUUUGUGUCUAGGAAACCCUUAUCAGAUGGUUUCAAAGUCACAAUUUCUGAAGAGAAGACACCAUAUGUGUAUGAACAUGUUCUUGAUAAACAACACAUUGCACCUGGAGCGAUUCAUGCUGAAAUUGGACUUUCUGUGUCGAAGAUAUACAGUAACCAUCCACUAUCUAAAACGUCUAUCAGUUUGCACUUUAUAAAACCUCUUGGUCUAGGACAAAACCAAGGAGUUGAAUUGGACAUUAGUGUAUCUAAAGAAUUUGGCUCUUUCGAAGUCAGAAAGAAGAAAGAUAUUAUUUGUAAAGGACAUUACUCAGAAACGAAACGUGACGACCUAGUUCAAGUUAAUGUUUCAGAAAUCAAGAAAUCAUGCCCGAUAUAUGUGAGUCAACAAGAAUUUUAUGACACUUUACGAGACUUGGGAUUCGAAUACGGAUACUCUUUGACAGUCAUUGGAAAUUCUUGGAGAUCGGACACAGAAUAUAUUGCAGAAAUGAAUGUGCCAGAUGCAGUAGCGAAGGAAAUGCAUGACUUGCAUCUACAUCCAUGCAUAUUAGACGGGGUAUUGCAAACAUUGUCAAUUUCAUGGAUUUCAACUCUUGCGCAGUAUGAGGGACUAGCAGCCGAAAUGUCUCGCCCAAUUCCUAUACGUUUAGGAGCUUUAACUGUGAGGACAUCUCCAAGGAAGAAAAUGUAUGUAUUUGGAAGAAUGAUGCAGUCUACUAUCCAACAAGCCUUUCUCAAUUUACUUCUACUGACUGAAAGUGGCGAAGUUGUAGCAGCAAUUGAAAACUAUGAGGUGAAAAAUGUUGCACCCGGGUUUUCAUAUACCUCUUUGUCAGAAAAAACCUAUGGAACCAGAUGGUUACCUGUUGAAAUGGAAAAACUAAAAAGUCAAAGAGACGACUUUCAGAAUACUAUGUCCAUUUGUCUAACUUCUUCGUCGUAUGAUUGUUUGAAGUCAUUAUCUAAGGAUCACAGUAAUGUUAUGACAUUCUUAGAUGUUACCUCUGACACAGUUUUUGAUUCAGACAGGAUGUUACAGAAAAUACAGAUGACGAUAGCAAACAACAACAUGAAAUGGUGCGAUAUUUCAGAAAUAGUAUACUUUCCAGGAUUUAGACAUUUUUCGAAAGAGUUGCACUCAGAUGAAAUUUAUCACUGUAUAAAAGUUUCAUGCUUGAUCUUACUAAAACUGCUCCAGAUGUUUUUGUCAGAAGCAAUUGAUAUUCCGAUUUAUGUCAUAACAGAGAAAGCACAACCAAAUAUUGUGGACGAUCACAUAUAUAAUGUAACUGGUUCUGAACUUUGGGGUAUGUGCAGGUGUCUUGUACGCGAAAGGACGUACUCUAACUCAGAUGAAUAA